GAAAAGUGUAUUAUAUAAAUAUGGACACAACUUGAUACAGAUAGGUACGUAUUCAACAUGUUGUUGCAUACGGGGAAUGGAUUGACCUGGCAAUUGUAAGUGCUUGGCACUUGAUCCUUUGAACAUCCUUACUGUACCGGCAUAUUGUUGCUUUCCUUUCUUCUGACACAUUUACUUAUUGAAGGUCGCUUUGGAGAAAAGCGACUGCUAAAUGCCCUAAAUGUACAGUAAAUGAAAGGUGAAAGAGACGGCCAAUCUGUUUAGUGUUGUUGCCAAAUGUCCUCUCUUCAUUGCACCUGUCAAUAGCUCAAGUCUCUGCUUUCCUGCAUUUGGAUGCUUUAGGGAUAAUGGACUGCUUUCAAAGAGCGUCAGAAGUAGUGUCACCUCAUAUUUGUUAUUUUAACAUUAGAUUAGGUUUUUAUUUAUGUCUUUCGCCGCACAAGCCUGAAUGGUCCAUGUAUAUUUACGUUUUUUCCACAUGCCAGACCUAUUGAAUGGAACCAUGAUUAUUGUUAUGGUUUUCAAUUGUGUCUUCCUACCUGAGAAAGGGUCUCAUUCACUUUAAGGAUUAUAAUAGGGCUACUUUGUCACCACGUUUACAUUUGCACCCAGAGGGGAGCACAUUUAUACAUUAACCCGGUUGAAACAGGUGGUGCCAUGUAUAUUUGUCCAUUGGAUUGCAUUGCGCGGCUGAUGUGGUCACUAGAUUGCAUGGGUUAAACGUAUCUCUACCUCCGGUGAAUUAUAAGAGAGGUCGUUGUCUUAGGCCUAUGGUUAGGCUUGUUAGUUCAAUAGGGCUCCUGGAUGUAGGCUACUCUAUACUGCCCAUCUCACUUUGCUACCUGAGGCCUUAUGCCAGUGGUUGACUGUAGUAGAGUACUAUAUUAUAAUAAACUCACCAUAUCCAUGUUUUGGCAGUAUACUACUUUGAGACCAUUUGCGCCUUUGAAAAAGUAAAGGAAGAUAAAUUGUGGUCAAAUUAAUAACAUUUUGGAAAAACACAAGUUCCCUUCUAUCUAAUAGGCUAAAAUUUGCUUUCUCAUUGGACUCCAAUCAUUUGUUCAUAAAUUGUUUAUGAUUCAGAAAAAGUUCAAUGCCAUACAUUAUUUUUAUAGUGCCCAGAUGAUCAACAAAAAAAACACUAGUUAAUUGUUGUAGUUGGAGCUAAAUUCUCUAUUAUCAAACAUACCAUUAGAUUUUACUGCCCUUCCUUAACAAUAUGAUCAUGCAACUAUUAUUAAGUUAUUAUAUAGACACAUCAGAGCUAUGUCCCAGAGAAGACAUGAAUGCAUAUUUUCUUGGAGUUUGACAACAACAUGCUCAGGACCAAGAUAAAUACAAUCCACACAUAAAAGUAUACAAGUAUAUACAAGUAGGCCGGGCCUAUAUAAUUAUUAAUCUACACAAAGACCAAAGGACAUGGAUAUGACGGCCACUGUUGCUUAUCUCUGCUUUAUUGUUUUUUCAUAUGUCCGUGCCUAGUGUGCUGCUCUGAAAUGUUCAAUGGUGGUACAUCUAUACCUUUGUAGCCUACCAAGUUUAUUGUAUUUUCCGAUUCACUGAACCAUCCACAGCCAGUAGGCUACAAAGCACUGUAAAGAUGUAUCAAGUGACUGAAUAUAGUUGCAAAGAAACAUGUCAAAGUAAUGCAUAUGGUGUGCUGUGUUCUUUUUGGAAAAAGUCUGCCGAGUCAGGAUCGCUUUAACGCCUCGUGCCCACUGCCUCCGUCCAUUGACUGAUCCCCAUUGACUUUGAAUGGGGACGGACGCGCAAUACAUCGUGGAUCCGUGCUCUCCGUCAAAAAGUGGAAAAAAUUACAACUUUUUCGGCAGCGACGGAUCCGUCAUCCAAUCAGAUCAUGUAUGCAAAUUUAAGCUCUGCACACAACUCGGGCUCUGACGACCCUGGAAAGCUCCCCCAUCCGUCAGCCACGUCUUCUGACGUCCUUUGACUGACGGUGCAGUGGGCACGAGGCGUCAGUAGGGCAUUCUGAAGGAUGCAUUACCUGGAGCGUUUUAGCCCCCUGGGCUAUGUGUUGUGACUUAUCUACUGGGCAGGUGUGGACUCAGUUAUGUGCUCUGAUUGGCUAAGCAUGGUGCUGAACUCCCGCCCCCUGGAUACCUGUAUGUGUCUCUAUGCUGCUCUUUUGGGGCUAUGUGUUGGUAUUGCAACUUUGUUAGUGGCCGUGAACGUCUGAGUUUGUCGAACACCUGGGCCGCGCGUAUCUCUAGAAUUGGUACAUGAAUGAAUGGCUUCUUGUAUGGGCCGGACGCCUCCCUAGGCUCAGGAUCCCUCCCUAGGAUGGGAAAGAAGCCUCUCUUGUCGCCCAAGACAUAUGUGGCCUGUUGGUAUGAAUGUGUGAAUUAUGUCACACUAUCAUAAAAUCAAUUAUGAAUUGAAUACAGUAAGGUUUAAAGUGAACAUUUUACGAAGCACAUAACAUGGUGAUUGAGUAUAGAGUUUGUGUUGACAGACAAGUGUAUUGAGUCAUUGAGAGCUCAAGGAGUGCUUGGUCCUUUUGGGUUCUUUAUCAUACACAUUCUUUAACCACCACACCUAGUCUCAGUAGGUAAUAUUCAACCCACUAAAGCCAGAGGAACAGCAGUUAGCUGACUGGGUCUAUUGGGCUUGUGCUCAACCCAGUUGUCUGGCGGUCUUCCCUUGGUACGUAAGGUAUACACAGGAAAACAAAGAGAAACAACUCCUGGAACUCCUGGAAGAACCUUCUAGGAAUCCUAAAGCAAAAAUAUUUGUAACUGAUCUAUAGGUGCUUGUUAUCGUGUUGGCCAAUCAAGAUAGCUAUGGGCUUGAACAUAUCAAUUAAUCAUGUUUUUUUUAUUGCAGAUAAAAAGAGUUGUAGGACAGUACUGUCAAAUCCUAAAUAAACAUAAAUAUACCAUAAUCUAGAUCUUUUGCCGCGCUUGCAUGAGAAACACUGUGGCAGUUUAUAACACAAUUACUUCCCAUAGUUACAAGUGAUCCUUGAUUUUAUUACCAAAAUAUGACAAAGUGAAAAAUAAAUAUGACAAGUGAAAGGACUUGUACAGUCAAAACCACAUCUUUUACAUUAACUGUUUUUUUGUGUAGUUUAUUAUCACGCUGACCUUGGGAAUUGCAGUUGUGGCAGCAACAGGGGACUGCUAUGCUGGCGAUCAAACCAGUUUGCUGGAUACAGAGAAUUGUUUGAAAGUAGUUAGAUCAGAGACCAGGUAAGCCUUCUUAUUCAGUCUCAUGUUUGUACUUGAUCCUACUUGAUUGUUAUUGUCAAGGCCCUGAUUUGGCAUAGAACCAUUUAUGGAAACGUAUAGGAAAUGUGGAAACAAGUUGAUUAGGUGUGAAAUAACACCACGAUGGGGAGAGCAGUGGGCACUGCGCUGUUGUUCCUGACGCUGUUAAAUACGGCCACAAGCGAAACCGACUACAGCCCACCGGGGAGACCCAAGCUGACCAGCUGCCUGUCCCGGGACAAGGAGACCUUCACCUGCUGGUGGGCCCCCAGCGACAGGGAUGAUGCUCUGCAGACCACCUAUGCUCUCUACUACCUCAAGGAGAGUUCAGACGUGGUGUACACGUGCCCUGACUACCGCACCGCGGGGGCCAACUCAUGUUACUUCAACAAGAACAACACGUCUAUCUGGGUGAACUACAACAUCACCGUGGCAGCCACCAACGCCCACGGCAGCAACUUCUCGGAGCCGGUAGUCGUAGACGUGGCCUAUAUCGUCCAGCCCCACACCCCUGAGAACUUGACAGUGGUUGUGCUGGGGGACAAGGACGGCACCUUCUUCCGGGUAUCCUGGGAGUCCCCCCGCAAAGCCGACACCCGCUCCGGCUGGAUCACGCUCAUCUACGAGCUGCGGGCCAAGCUGGACGGGGCGGAUUGGGAGGAGCACUUUGCCGGGCAGCAGAAGAUGUUCAACAUCUUCAGCCUGCGUUCAGGUGGGACCUACCGGAUCCAGGUGCGCUGUAAGCCUAUCCACGGCUUCUGGAGCGAGUGGAGCCCCACUGUUAACGUCACCGCCCCGUAUGCCCUCCCUCUAGGGAGCUCCAUGUGGAUCCUCAUUGCAUUCUUCUCGGCACUCAUCUUCCUCCUCCUCACCUGGAUCCUGAACGUAAAAAGCCGCAGUGUGAAGCAUUGCCUUUUCCCUCCGGUUCCAGGCCCAAAGAUAAGAGGCUUUGAUAAACAGCUCUUGAAGAAUGGCAGAUCGGAGGAGUUGUUCAAUGCCCUGGGGGUCCCGGGCCUCCCCCCCAUGACCCACCCGAACUACGAAGACCUUCUGGUGUACCUGGAGGUCAGCGGGCACGACGAAUCGGAGCUGUUGCUGGCCGACACCAACGACCCCACCAUCGCCGCGACCACCGAGGGCGGGAAGUCCCCCAACUCCCCGUCCGACAGCGACUCCGGCCACGGCAGCUGCGACAGUCACACGCUCCUGAUGGAGAAGUGUGGGGAAGGGGAGGAGGUGAAAGAGGAGCAGGAGGAGGAGGAGCAGGGAGACAGGGUGGCGGUGGGGAGGAGUUACGGGGGGAAGCAACGGUGGGAGAGGAGGGGGAGCUGGGAGAGGAAUCAGAAGGGGGACGACGACCAAGAAAUGACGGAGGGACGGGUGAAGACGUGGCCGUGUGUCUUCGCUCCGCUGGAAGAAUACGCCGGCUCCAAGGCGCUGGACCACGGCAGCACGCUGGGGAUGGCCCGGCUGCUCUGCUCCUCUGUCCACUCCAUCCCUCUGCUUUUACCAACGCCCGUGACCUCGCCCUCGGGCCUCCAUGCCCUGGAGCGGCUUCACUGGCAGCCGUACUCCCGCAGUGAGAGCAACAUCCAGAGCCCGGAGCACAAGCAUCGGCGUCAGCAGGGGGGAGGGAAGACGACGACGACGACGACGACGACGACGACGGCGACGACGACGACGACGAAGCUGACGGACGUCGCCUGGCCGGCCCAGCCCCGCUCCCCCUUCAGGGCCACGGAGUACGUGGAGGUGCAGAGGGUGAAUCAGGAGAACAUGAUGGUGCUCCGGCCCCUGUCUUCAGCCCAGGGCCAGAGGGAGGGUGCGCCCCAGGGGGAGGUGGACUACAGCAGGGUGAAAGGGCUGAACUCUGGCGACGGGCUCCUGCUGCAGAGAGCCGUGGACGCAGAGACCCAGGAGGAGGUGGAGGAAGGGCAGGAGGAGGAGGAGUACCCAUGCGACAUACAAGAGAAGAACUCUUUGUUGGGGGAUGAGCGCUACACAGCGCCUCCUGCUGUUCCAGGCCAGAUGACGGGAGCCGGGAAGCUAUCUAUGGGUCUGCCCACUGCUGUGUCCCUGCAGGGGGACACGAUCCUCGCAGCGAACGGGUAUGUGGACACAGCAGUGGCCAUGAUGCCCACACACUAGGUACUAGUGGAGCCCCACUAGCUGGCCUCAGCACCCCCUCGCUGGCAAAAGCCACAGUGGGAUACCCACAUAAGGACUACGAAUGUAUCUGCUCCCAGUUGGUCGACACACAACGCGAUCGCGGUACCGUCAUUGUGUAUAUAUUCUUUCUUAUAUUUUUAUCGGUUUUCAUUAAUUUUAUCUCCUCUUUGUAUUGAUUUAAUUUAAUUUAUUCUGGACCAAUGAACUUUAAUUUUAAAAAGGACAUCAUGAUUUCAUCAAAAUAUUGUAUUAAAGAAUCAUAAUACAAUGAAUCACUUAGAUUAUUUGGUUAAAAUGAUGUGGUUUUGAAUGUAAUGUGACCACUGAUUGUACUUUGUAUAUAAUAUAAUUAUUCUGCUGAAGACAAGCUUGUUUUCACGUUUUUCUAAUACGUCGGUGUGGAAGAAAUUAGAGAAUUCAUUGACAUUUGUAAUCACUAAUAAAAGGUCCAAAGAUGUGACUCAAAGGUCUGGUUCCUCCUGCAUUUCCCCAGAUCAUCCAUCAUACCAGGGUCCAAAUUAUCUAGAGAAGACCCAGUUUACCUUCCCCCUGUUGCUAUGAAACCCUUUAUCUUCACUUUGUGCUUUGAGGACUUAUGAGGUACAUCUUAUUAUAAACAUCUUUUCCCUCUUUGAAUG